GUAUUUAUAAGGAGGGCUGUCAAUUUAAAAAUUUUAAAAAAUGGAAACACAGGAUAAUACAAAUAUUAGAUCGUCUAUAUCCACCAAUAACGACGAAUCAAAUACGAAUGAUAAUGAAUUAACCUUACGUAAUAGUAAUAAUAUAGAAAAAGAUGAUAAAAAACUUGCCGACCAAUUAUCGGUUAACUCUGAAAUACCAAAAGAAACGAUAGAAGAUCCGAAUGACCCAAAAUUUUGGCCGAGAAAAAAGAAAAAUUGUAUUUUAUUUAUUAUUUCUUUAGCUGGAAUGAUUGAAUCACUUUCAAGCACAAUAUUUUAUCCGUCAAUUACCAAUAUUGAAAACGAUUUAAAAACUAGCGGAGUGCUGGCUAAUGGAAUAAUUGGCGUUUAUAUUCUCUUCAUGGGCGUGGCACCACUAGGAUGGGCAGCUUAUUCUGAUACGUUUUAUACGAGACGUAAUGUUUACUUGGCUUCCUUUAUAAUAUAUAUUAUAGGAACUGUAAUAUGUGGUUUAUCAAAUAGCAUUUGGUUAUUGUUAGCGAUGCGAUUAGUUCAAUCUUGUGGUGCUUCUGCAGUUCUGAGCAUUGGUGCCGGAACAAUAAGUGAUAUUUUUCAUUCAUUUGAACGAGGACAAGCGUAUGGAAUUUUUUAUCUUGGACCUUUGGUUGGACCAGUUAUAGGGCCAGUGAUCGGGGGAUAUGUAACGGAUUAUUUAGGAUGGAGAUGGAUUUUAUGGAUUCUUACGGUUAUUGGAGGUUUAAUAUUAAUAUUAAUUUUCUUUGCACUUCCUGAAACAUUUGCACCUCCAACAAAUCUACCGAACCCUAAUAAUACAACUUCAAAUUCACGACACCGUAAAAGAUUUGAUCCUACAUCACCAUUACGUUUAUUAAAAUAUCCUAAUAUGUCACUUGUAAUAGUAUACAUAAGUAUUACGUAUGCAGUACUUUAUAUACAAAAUACAUUAUCCGGGACAAGUUUCGCAAAUAUAUAUCACGUUUCAACAUCAACAGUUGGAUUAAUUUUUUUGGCUCCGGGUACUGGAUAUUUGAUUGGAAGUGUCAUAGGAGGAAAAUGGUCAGAUUAUGUUCUUAUUGAAGCUAAAAAGAGAAACAAUGGUGUUGGAUAUCCUGAAAUGAGACUUCAUAGUGUUUGGAUUGGUUGUUUUUUUAUUUCGGUUUCUUACAUAUGUUAUGGGUGGUUUCUUGAAGCUAGAUUACAUAUAGCUUUACCAAUUAUCGCUAUGUUCACUGGAGCAUUUAGUUUUGUAACAGUGUUUAAUUCAAUUUCAACAUAUUUGGUCGAUGCUUUUCCAGGUAGAAGUGCAUCAGCAAUUGCAAUUAAUAACCUUACGAGAUCGCUCGCAGCCACAUUAUUUACUUUUAUAUCUGUACCUUUUGAAGAAGCUGUUGGUAUCGGUUCGAUUUAUACCAUCAUGAUUUGCGUUUCUUUUAUUGGUGUGGUUUGUUUAUUUGUUGUUAGUUACAAAGGAAAAUAUUGGAGAGAAAAGUUCAAUUCCAGGAUUGAUGAGUAAUCAAUUUAUUUAAAAAUUGUUUUUAUUUAUUAUUAUUUUUUUUUUUUUGUGAAAAGAAAAAAAUCAAAUAUUUUUUUAUAAAGUGUUAAUACUUUUAGAAUUAGAUUCCGU